GUCACCUGUCAUUUUCAAUCCCUUUCACAACAAUCAUCCUGCUUCUCCGAUUUUCUUGGUUUUUUUUUGAAUCGAUUGGCAUUUCGGUGAAUAAUUUGAACCCACUGCGAAUUUUCGCUUAAAUUCCUGCGUAGAAUCAAUCCGAAAAGAUAUUCCUGUGAGGCUGCACGACAAUAUAAGCCAUGGUGCGAAUUAAGAUGCCCAAGAUCAAGCUUCAGUCCUCCGAUGGAGAGGUGUUCGAUGUCGAUGUGGAGAUUGCCAAGUGUUCGGUUACUAUAAAAACCAUGUUGGAGGACUUGGGAAUGGACGAGGAGGAGGAGGAGGUGGUACCGUUGCCCAACGUUAACUCUGCUAUUCUUCGCAAGGUUUUACAGUGGGCCAACUUCCAUAAGGAAGAUCCACCGCCACCAGAGGAUGACGAGAACAAAGAAAAACGUACCGAUGACAUUUCAUCCUGGGACGCCGAUUUCCUGAAGGUGGACCAAGGAACCCUCUUUGAAUUGAUCCUCGCGGCAAACUACUUGGACAUCAAGGGAUUACUGGACGUCACUUGCAAGACGGUCGCCAACAUGAUCAAAGGCAAAGCACCGGAGGAAAUCCGUAAAACGUUCAACAUCAAAAACGAUUUUACCGCCUCCGAGGAGGAUCAGGUCCGCAAGGAAAACGAAUGGUGCGAAGAAAAGUAAAAAAUUUAAUUUCCGUUUAAGGCGUUAUUUAUUAUAAUUAAUUUAACCAAUUGCGUCUCGCGUGUGUAAGUUUAGAUUCGAGAUUUUAAAUUUUUAAGUACUGGACGGUUUUUGGGGAAGAAAGCGGUUAUUACGAGGGCGAAUUAUGCCAUAACGGAAAGGCGUAGUUUAAUUCUGCCGAUUUAAAUUACGCCCGAGAAUGAAGUGUGCGUUUGUUCAUUGGACCGGCAAUUUUUUUUUUGUUUAUUUGUUUUAGUACUAUUUACCUUAAAUUCAUGUUAAUAAAUUUUGUGACUAA